AUGGAAAACCGUAAUCAAUCACCUUCAUCAUCCUCUUCUUCAUCGAAUGCUGGAGGAGGAGGAGGAGGAGGAGGAGGAGAACGAGUAGGAGGUGGAGGAGGGAUUAGACAUAGAAAGGUAAACAACCUUCUCAAUGAAUUCACCACUUCACAUUCCUCUCCAACAUCUCCUAUUAGUACAACAACACCGCCGUCGUCUCGAUUCAAUUUUGGAUUGAAUUCAAGUGACCCGGCAACGUCGUCGUUGUCUUUUAGGAAAUCUACUUAUCCGGGACGUGACGAAUUCGUGCCCGACGACGAACAAGACUACGAGGAUGAAAUCGAAGAGAUCUACAGACGGACGCGACAACCACCUGUUCAUCUUCCCAGUGACUCUUUUAUAUCGAGGAAACAUUUACACAAGACAAUCGAUAGCUUCAACAACCUCUUUAGAAAUGACAACAUUACCAAUAUAAAUACAACCGAAAGACAAUCAACCUCUAUUCAAUACUUUACAUUUGCUUUUUUUACUGUUGAAGUUUAUAAAUGUUUUUCUGUUGGUCCGUUGAUGUUUACACCGAUAGCAAAGAACUCGGGGUGUGGAUGGUGCAAUGUGAUUGGAUUGGAGAUUAUUAUUAGCUUUAUGAUGACUAUUUCAUCAUUGUUUCAUUAUACCAUCCGACGCGAUCUAUUUCCGUUGCUCAUGUCUGUUUGCUUUUUGGCUCACACUUUGAUACAUGAUCACCCGUUCCUCGAACCAUAUAGCAUCAACUAUACCAACUGUGUGACCAUAUGUGUAGUGGCAUUACUCUUGUUUGUGCCAAGUACCAGGAGUGGUGGUGGUGGUAGUGGACAGACACAAAACCAACCACCCAUCUUUCAAAGAGGUGAUUCGGCUCGACUCAAAACACCUACACCAAUAGACUCGCCAUCCAUCACACCAUCACAGUCAUUUGAUAAUAGUGAUGUCAAUGGCAACAACAACAGCAACUAUGGUGACAAUACAAUAGGAGUUACCAAUAUAUUACUUUCACCAAGAUAUGCAAUCCAAAGAAUAGUAGUAUGGACAAGACAGUUUGUAAAGAGUAAGAGAACACGUGACACAAUGAAGGGUGUCUUGAUAUCACUCUUUUUCGUAUUGAUUGGAUUUAUGAUUAUCUUUGGUCUGACGACACUGAUUGUUGGGACGAGUCGAGCAACUGCAGACCACCACAAACACACUCUCAUACAUUAUAUUUGGAUUACAGUACGAGACUUUAUAUUUGACACACCCAAUGAAAUAUUUCAUAUCAAUGAAUCAAUGGUACGACUAUUUGCCAUUCUCUAUCUGUCUGUACUUUCAUUACUCUACCAUCUCCAGGUAAGAAAGCCAUACACUAUUAUGGCUGUUGCAAGUUUGGUCGGCCAGAUUGCCAUUGCUCUCUACACUUUUGAGAGAUCAUUGUCGGGUGACAUUCGAAAGACACCCGAGGAAUACUACACCAACCCCUAUGGAGGGGGAAUAUUCUACAUUUUGAAUGUCGUCUCUACCGUCGCCUUCUUUUGUGGGCUAUCGAUCGACGUACUCAUUGCCAGUAGUGAAAAGUAUACAAGAUGGAGAGCUGAAGGUGAAAAGUUACAUCGUCGACUUUCAAUUGAACUCAAUCAACAAUCAGACUUUGUUAAACGUGUCUAUCAAAAUGGAACUCAACAAAUGAUGGAAAGAUUAGAUUUUACUCAAAAAUUUGUAAAUAAUUUAUUAAUUUCUACUACUCAAGUAUCAAAUUUGAGUAUGAGAUUAUCAAGUAUUGAUUUGGAUAAAUUAGCAAGACAUUAUUCAAAUUCAAUUCAAUUUCAUUCAAACAAAACUUUAAAUUUAUUAGAUGAUAUUAAAUUGGUUUUAGCUAUUGAAUCAGGUGAUAUAAUGAUGAGAGAAGAUAUAUCAUUUAAUAUUUAUUUUUUACUGGAAGAGGUAUUUGAUGUAAUCUCUAAAGAAUUAAAAAAUAAUGAAAUAGAAUUGGUUUUUAAAGUUGAAGAAAAUGUUCCUUUAAAUAUUAUUGGUGAUCCAUCACCAAUAUUACAAAUGAUAUUACAAUUAUUAAAUAAUGCAAUUAAAUAUACUGAAUUUGGAGAGAUUGGAGUAAUGGUAUCAAAACAACCAAUAUUAUUGGAUUCACCAGAUGACGAUCAUAUCAAUUUGGAGAUAUCGGUAUUUGAUACUGGUGUUGGUAUGACUGAUCAACAACUUGCCAAAUGUAAUGAGUUUCAACCAUUUCCACUCAAUAAUAAUCUAAAGCCAAAUAAUGGUGUAGACACGAAUGAAAGUGGAACAGGUCUCGGUUUGUUUAUUUGUAACAAGAUUGUAAAGAUCAUGGGAGGUUCAUUUGAAGCAAAGCACAACUUUGGAGGAGGAAUGGUAUUCUCUUCAAAAUUGACACUACAACAAGAUAGAACUGUGGUUACCGGUGAUGACAAGAUUAACAAUCCAUUUAGAAUGACCGAUGAACAAAAAACAAUCAUGACUGGUCUAAACAUACUUUUAAUUGAUGAUAAUACCGUUGUUAAAUCUUCUACCGAAAUCAUACUUCGUCAAUUUCAAUCUGAUAUUCAUUGCGUAUCAAGUACAGUCGAGGCUAUUCGUGAAUUAAAAUUGGCAAUUACUCUUUUAAAACCAUUUAAAGUAGUUUUGGUUGAUUAUCAUAUGUCUGGUUGUGACGGACUAGAAACAAUUCAAAUGUUAAGAGAUAAUCCAAUAUUUGAUGAAUUAAAAUUAAUAUUAUUAUUGUCACCAUCUGAUUUAUUGUUACAAAAUUUUAAAUCGUACAAGUUUACUUGUAUUACCAAACCAUUGACACCAAACAAACUGUUGGAAGGAAUAUCACAGGCAUACAAUAUCAUCUCUAUACAGUCACCAAUGCUUCCAUCAGCGAGAAAGCCCUCCAAAUACCCAUUUAUCGAUACGUCUAGGUCGGCCAUUAGAAUUUUAAUGGGCGAAUCCAACCAAGAAAUACAGAAUCAAGUCCAAUCCAUCAUCAAACCUUUCAAUCAUAUAUAUACAAUUGCAGGUGAGGGAUCCAAUGUAGUGUCAUUGGCACAAAAGAACUAUUAUGAUGUUAUUCUAGUCAACUUGGAUUUACCAGGUCUCACUGGAUUCGAAGUGGCUAAAAACAUUCGUCAACAAGAAAGAAAAGAAAGAACGAUUGGUGACACGAAUGAAUCUAGAAUAUCAAAGAGAAGAGAUUCACUUGGCAACAUGUCACAAUACGUAACGUCAAAGCUUGUCGAAAAUAUCCCCAUCAUUGGUAUAUCGACCAAACCAAUUACCAAUGAUUUGUUGGUCAAGUCUAAAAGUGCCGGUCUUACCUCUUGUGUCAAUGUAGAGAGCAUGUCAGACUUUAUUACAAACUUUUUAUUGGAUCUAGAAAAGAAAGAUAAUAUUAAUCAAAAUAAUAAUAAUCAAAAUAAUAAUGUAAAUUCUAAUAAUGAUGUAAAUAAUAAUAAUAAUCAAAAUAAUCAAAAUAAUAAUGUUGUAAAUAAUAUAAUACCAAAAUUACAACUAUCAUCAACACCACCAACCAAUAUUGAUUCAAUGUUGAUUGGUAGUGGUUCAUCUGAUAAACAAGAUCAACAACAACAACAGGAACAACAAGACAAUCAAACUUCAUCAUCAACACCACAACAACAAUCAAACAAAAAGAUGUUAGUAUCAUCAACCUCUUCGACAACUUCAUCUUCAUCUUCGAUUACAAGAAAGGGAUCAUUGGGUCAUGAACCGUGUGAACAAGAUCUAAGUCUUUUGGAUGGUCUACAUCUAAGUGGUACAACACUCAAUUCAAAGAUUAUUGGUGUAAAAAUGGGAGGAGGUGGAACUACAAACCUAAACAUUUUAAAAACACCAAAAGGAAGAAGUCAAAAGAGACUACAAGAUUUGGAAAAUGUUAUCAGUCGAUUUGUUCCAAUAGAAUUCCAACAAUUGAUUGCUCCACUUGGUAUGGAAAAUGUAUAUCUAGGUGAUUGUAUAUCUAAAACAAUCACCAUCUUUUUCUCUGACAUUAGAGAUUUUACCUCUACCACUGAAAAAAUGUUGGUAGAUGAUAUCAUUGAUUUUCUAAACACCUAUUUAGCCUUUGCAAUUCCUGCCAUCACUGAAAAAGGUGGUUUUAUUGACAAAUUUAUAGGUGAUGCUAUUAUGGCAAUUUUCCCACAUACAGAUGUACAAGAACAAGCCAUAUCAGCUGUAAAAGCGGCUAUUGGAAUGAUGAAAUCAUUGGAUUUCAUGUCAGAGAGUGGUUUUAGAUUUAAUUAUGUCGAAACUGGUAUUGGAAUCAAUACUGGAAGAACUAUUAUUGGCAUUGUUGGAACUGAAACUAGAAUGGAGCCAACUGCUCUUGGAGACGCUGUAAACCUUGCAUCUAGAACAGAACCACUCUGUAAAGAAUACGGAUCAAGAAUAUUGGUCACUCAGUUUACAGUGGAAGCUAUUGGAACUUCGAUUGAUGAAUUCAAUAUUCGUCUAGUAGAUAGUGUCAAAGUAAAAGGAAAGAGUGAAGCAGUCGAUAUUUAUGAAGUAAUCGAUGGAGAAAAAGAAAAUAUUCGGUGUUUAAAACUUUCUAUUCUAGAACCCUAUACCACUGGCAUUGAAUAUUUUAAAAGUCAUCGAUUUGAAGAAGCUUUAAAUUAUUUCCGUUAUUGUAAUGAUAUUUAUCCAAAUGAUAAACCAUCAUUAUUGUUUAUUCAAAGAUGUUUAGAGGCACUUUCCAGCGACCCAAAUGAUGUUGACUUUACAUCCAAUCACCACAACAAUGAUGAUGACGAUCAGCAACGCAGUGUUGGAGGUGUACUCGUUGAAUCGGAUGUCCCUGGAAUGAUAUAA